GCCAACUCGUGGAUGGACAGACGGAGAAACAGAGAGAGAGGCAGAGAGGGACACGGAGUCAAAAGGUGAGAGUUGGUGUCGUUUACGCACGGAUCCUUGGCGCGCGUCCUGGUGCGCACAGUUUGGAGGAAGACCCCUUUUUUUUACUGUUUGAGUGGAACUGUUACAUCUGACUGUUUGAUUUGGACUCCGGUUUGCCUACUUUGAGAUAAAUGCUGCGCUGCUGCAUGGACACCCUGCAGGUUCCGGAGCUGGUGUUGAUCUCACGGUAGCCGUUUGUCUCUCGGUGCGUCAGUGACUCUUUGGACGGGAUUAAACGUCUACAUUCGUGGACAUGUCGGGUCAGAAACCGUCCCUGGGGAGCGGAGGACGCUUCCAGGUGGAUGUAGUGACAGAAGCAUCAUCCACCCCUGCUCCCCCUGCUCCCCCAGCUCCUCCUGUCCUUGCCCCCACCGAUGAAUCCGAGCCCUCCGAGGAGACCAAAGCCCGGUCCAGGUCGGUGGGCUUCAUGGAUUCAGACAUCGGCCUCCCUCCUGAUGUCCUCCACGAGCCUGACACGACCAAGAUCGACUCAGUCAGCCUCCAUUCAACAGGCACAGGCCACACGCACAUCUCAGACACCCACUCCAACACCUACUACAUGAGGACCUUUGGACACAACACCAUCGACGCAGUGCCGAACAUCGACUUCUACCGACAGACCGCCGGGCAGUUCGGAGAGAAGCUGACCAGACCGUCCCUGUCCGAGCUGCACGACGAACUGGACAAAGAGCCGUUUGAGGACGGUCUAGCCAAUGGAGAGGAGCCGUCAGCAGCAGAGGAGGCGGCGGCGUUGGCGGCGAAGGAGGGGAAAGGAGGGACGGUCAAGUUUGGCUGGGUCAAAGGAGUCUUGAUCCGCUGUAUGCUGAAUAUCUGGGGUGUGAUGCUCUUCAUCAGAAUGUCCUGGAUCGUUGGACAGGCUGGAAUCGGACUGACCAUCGCCAUCAUUCUGAUGGCCACGCUGGUCACCACCAUCACCGGUCUGUCUACUUCAGCCAUAGCUACCAACGGCUUCGUACGGGGAGGUGGAGCGUACUACCUGAUCUCCAGGAGCCUGGGGCCAGAGUUUGGAGGCUCCAUCGGCCUCAUCUUCGCCUUCGCCAACGCGGUGGCUGUGGCGAUGUACGUGGUGGGCUUUGCAGAGACGGUCGUAGAGAUGCUCAACGAUGUCGAUGCUCUGAUGACCGAUGAGCUCAACGACAUUCGUAUUGUCGGGACUCUGACCGUCAUCCUGCUGCUGGGGAUCUCUGUGGCUGGGAUGGAGUGGGAGGCUAAGGCUCAGAUCGUCCUCCUGGUGAUCCUACUGUUAGCCAUCGCUAACUACUUCAUAGGAACCUUCAUGCCGACAGAGAGCAAAGAGCCAAAGGGAUUCUUCGGCUACAACACGGCCAUCUUCUUAGAGAACCUGGGUCCAGACUUCCGAGACGAUGAGACCUUCUUCUCGGUGUUCGCCAUCUUCUUCCCUGCUGCCACCGGGAUCCUGGCUGGAGCGAACAUAUCAGGAGACCUCACUGACCCUCAGUCAGCGAUCCCUAAAGGCACUCUGCUGGCCAUCCUCAUCACAGGAAUCACAUAUGUGGGCGUCGCCAUCUCUACAGGUGCUUGCAUCGUCAGGGACGCCACCGGUGACCACAACGACACAGUGAGCGACACGGUGAACUGUACGGACGCCGCCUGCACGCUGGGCUACGACUUUUCUAUCUGCAAGGAGGGAGGCUGUCAGUACGGCCUGAUGAACGACUUCCAGGUGAUGAGUCUGGUGUCGGCCUUCGGUCCUCUCAUCUCUGCUGGGAUUUUUUCCGCCACCCUCUCCUCUGCUCUGGCCUCACUAGUCAGCGCACCAAAAGUCUUCCAGGCUCUGUGUAAGGACAACAUCUAUCCAGGCCUGGGCGUGUUUGCAAAGGGUUAUGGGAAGAACAACGAGCCUCUCCGUGGUUACGUGCUGACCUUCUGCAUCGGACUGGCCUUCAUCCUCAUUGCUGAGCUGAACAUCAUUGCUCCCAUCAUCUCCAACUUCUUCCUCGCCUCCUACGCUCUCAUCAACUUCUCCGUCUUCCACGCCUCUCUGGCAAACUCUCCAGGGUGGCGUCCCAGCUUCAAGUACUACAACAUGUGGGUUUCUCUGGCGGGGGCCAUCCUGUGCUGUGUGGUCAUGUUUGUCAUUAACUGGUGGGCGGCUCUGGUCACUCUGCUCAUCGUCCUGGCUCUCUACAUCUACGUCAGCUACAAGAAGCCUGAUGUGAACUGGGGCUCAUCCACUCAGGCUCUGAUCUACAACCAGGCUCUGACCCACUGUCUGAACCUCACCGGGGUCGAGGACCACGUCAAAAACUUCAGGCCUCAGUGUUUGGUGCUGGUUGGUUACCCAAACUCUCGUCCCGCUCUGGUUCAGCUCGUUCACUCUUUCACCAAAAACGUCGGCCUCAUGGUCUGCGCUCACGUCAAGACCGUCACCCGUCGGCCCAACUUUAAGGAGCUGUCCCAGGAUCACGCCCGCUGUCAGCGCUGGCUGAAUAAAAAACGCAUCAAAGCUUUUUACACUCCGGUGUAUUCAGACAGUCUGAGGCACGGAGCGCAGUUCCUCAUGCAGGCGGUCGGUUUGGGUCGUCUGAGGCCGAACACGCUGGUCAUGGGAUACAAGAACAACUGGAGUGAAGGAGACAUGAGGGAUCUGGAGAUUUACAUCAGCACCAUACAUGACGCCUUUGACCUGCAGUACGGCGUGGUGAUUCUGCGGCUGCAGGACGGACUCGACAUCUCUCACAUACAGGGACAAGAUGAGCUGAUGUCUUCAAACGAGAAGCCUCCAGUGGGCAGUAAGGACGUGGUGGUUUCUGUGAACCUGGCUAAGGACUCAGACUCUGACUCCAAAACAACCAGCAACCAGAGCAGCCCGCUCAUAAUCCGAGAAACUAAGAUCCCUCUGAGUCUGACCGACCAGCGUCUGCUGGAGACCAGUCAGCAGUUCAAGAAGAAACAGGGCAAAGGAACCAUCGACGUCUGGUGGCUGUUCGAUGAUGGAGGUCUGACUCUGCUGAUUCCCUUCCUGCUGACUAACAGGAGUAAAUGGGGCGACUGCAGGAUCCGCGUCUUCAUUGGAGGAAAGAUCAACCGCAUCGACCACGACCGGCGAGCGAUGGCCACGCUCCUCAGCCGCUUCAGGAUCGACUUCUCUGACAUCAACGUCCUCGGAGACAUCAACACCAAACCCAAGAAGCACAAUAAGCUGACGUUUAAGGAGCUGAUCGAGCCGUACCGGCUGAAGGAGGACGACAUGGAGCAGGAGGCCGCAGAGAGGCUGAAGGCUCAGGAGCCGUGGAGGAUCACCGACAAUGAACUGGAGCUCUACAAGGCCAAGACCAACCGUCAGAUCAGACUGAACGAGCUGCUGAAGGAACAUUCCAGCAUGGCCAAACUCAUCGUCAUGAGCAUGCCUCUGGCCAGGAAGGGAACGGUGUCCAGCGCCCUCUACAUGUGCUGGUUGGAGACUCUGUCCAAAGACCUGCCCCCUCUGCUGCUGGUCCGAGGAAACCAGCAGAGCGUGCUGACCUUCUACUCAUAACAGAAACACGGCUGAUGUUCAGGAUCCAGACAGACAUUUAUGUCCCUGACAGCUGCACAGAAACAGAAAUAUGAUAAAAGUUUGUGUCAGGACUGAAAACUCUCCUGCUGCCUAAGUGUUAAAGUCUAAAUAACCCAAACUCUGAUUAUUGACCUGAUGAACUAAGGGCCUUUUCUUUUAUCCGUGAUGAUAACGUGCUGUUUGUUCUCUGUGUUCUAUGUGAAGAAGAGUAACUGGUGACUAAUUAAUUAUUUUAAUGAUGAUUAUUACUUCAAACGUGUUGGUGUUUCAGCUGUGAUUUGAUGAUGAAGUAGGUUUCUAGUAGAAUUAUUGAAGAGUAACAUUUUGUACAGUAUUUAUUAAAACAUUAACUUAACCUCA